CACGCCUCUCAGUCGAGGCUAAACGCCGAAGAUACCUUGACUUUGUAUGGCGGGGGCGGGGCUUACUGAAUCAACGCGUUAAGUAGCCAAGACCACGCCCAUUUCUGGAAAUACCUAGCAUUAAUUGGAGGAUUUGGUGUGGGUUAUCUGGAAUCCCCCCAAGCUGGGGCAGAAGCUAUGGCCCCCAGUCCCAUGGCCUGAGAGCAGUACCUUUCUGCCCGCAGUUCCCCCUCUCACAAUGGACGAGGACCCUGUCCCUCACCUCUUGGCCUCAAACUAGGUUCAGUGAAGUUACCUGUCUCCCCCCCCUUUGGCAAUGGAGCCUUCCUGACCUUGUCCGCCACUCGCCCCCAGGGGGAUUAGUGUCCAGGUUACCCAGGUUGGUGCCGCCACCAGGUGGCCUUGCCGCCCCCACAGCCCCCAAGUACAAAGCAAAGUGGCAGAGGCAGGGGAGGCACCAGAAUGGAGAGGAUCCAGGGGCUGCUGCUGUGGCUGCUGCUGAGCACAAGUGGGGUGUGGGCCUCCAGGGGCCCCCUGAGGCCACUGUGUAGGCCCAUCAAUGCCACCCUGGCUGCGGAGAACGAAGCCUGCCCUGUCUGCAUAACCGUCACCACUAGCAUCUGUGCCGGCUACUGCCCUAGCAUGGUGCGGGUUCUGCCGGCUGCCUUGCCCCCGGUGCCCCAGCCCGUGUGCACCUACCGUGAGCUGCGAUUCGCCUCUGUCCGUCUCCCUGGCUGCCCGCCCGGCGUGGACCCCAUGGUCUCCUUCCCUGUGGCCCUCAGCUGCCGCUGCGGGCCUUGCCGCCUCAGCAGCUCCGACUGCGGGGGCCCUAGGGCCCAACCCUUGGCCUGCGACCUCCCCCACCUCCCAGGCCUUCUCUUCCUCUGA